AGCUUUAAACUGUCCAACUCGCAACUCGCGUUUCUCUAUAAGGGAUCUUUACCACUUUCCUGCCUAUGCGGCCGGACUGCCGUGCCUCUCCCCGCGCAGAGCCCGGCGGCUUCCAGGCGCUGCCCAGAUCUCUUCCUCCGACACCCUUAAAAUAAUACUGCAGCCCGGCGCCCCCGCCAUGGAUUCCUUUAAAGGUGGAAUGAAUUUGGAGAGACUGCCCGAGAGCUUGAGACCCCAACCCUCCCAUGACAUGGCUUCCAGCUUCCAUUUGCAAAGAUCCUCGGAGCCCAGAGACCCGAUCGAGAACUCGGCCAGUGAAUCCUCCGACACGGAGGUGCCAGAAAAAGAGAGAAGCGGAGAGCAGAAAAACGAGGACGGGGCCGCCGACGACCCGGCGAAGAAGAAGAAGCAACGGAGGCAGCGGACCCACUUCACCAGCCAGCAGCUGCAGGAGCUGGAAGCCACUUUCCAGCGGAACCGCUACCCCGAUAUGAGCAUGCGGGAGGAGAUCGCCGUGUGGACGAACCUCACCGAGCCCCGCGUCCGGGUGUGGUUCAAGAACCGCCGAGCCAAGUGGAGAAAGCGGGAGCGGAACCAGCAGAUGGACCUGUGCAAGAACGGCUACGUGCCGCAGUUCAGCGGGCUGAUGCAGCCCUACGACGACAUGUACGCCGGGUACCCCUACAACAACUGGGCCACCAAAAGCCUCACCCCGGCGCCGCUCUCCACCAAGAGCUUCACCUUCUUCAACUCCAUGAGCCCCCUCUCCUCGCAGUCCAUGUUCUCGGCUCCCAGCAGCAUCUCCUCCAUGAACAUGCCCUCCGGGAUGGGCCACUCGGCCGUGCCGGGCAUGGCCAACUCCGGCCUCAACAACAUCAACAACAUCAGCGGCUCCUCGCUCAACUCGGCCAUGUCCUCGCCCGCUUGUCCCUAUGGGCCGCCGGGCUCUCCCUACAGCGUGUACCGGGACACUUGUAACUCCAGCCUGGCCAGCCUCAGACUGAAAUCAAAGCAGCACUCCAGUUUCGGCUACAGCAGUUUGCAGAGCCCCGGCUCCAGCCUAAACGCCUGUCAGUACAACAGUUGACGGACUUGACACGAACCACCUCCGACGAACACCGCCGACAAAGCAAAAAAUACUAAGAAAAAAUAAAAAACAAAGCAGAAACAAAGCGACGUUUAACGGAAAUGAAUAUAUAUAUAUAUAUGUAUGUAUGUAGAAACCCGAUGAUGUGUAAAAGCAAAACCCGAGCAAGUGAGAGAGGGAAAGAAACAGCACAAAAAGAAAGCAAAAAGGCAAAACAAUGAUGAUGAUAAUGAUAAUAAAACAAAACCCGAAAGCUCUGCGGACUUCGAUUGUCUAAAAGAUAAUAAUAAUAAACAAAAACAAAUGAAUAGAAAAAGAGAUCCGACGACACAACCAACAAAGCAGCGCUUUAAAAACAAACCAUUUGUAACCAUUAAAAAGCAAACCACCAAAAAAAAUUAAAAAAAAUAAAUAAAAAUAAAAAACCAAAAAAACGGAAAAGGACCAGAAAACUUUUGCAAGAGACACCGAAAUCUGGUACAUGGAUGAGUUGCAAUUUUUCUCUGGAUGAUGCGGGUUGUAUGUGUUUACUUGAACUUGCACAGGAGGUGGUAAGGCGGCCGCUCCCCGCGGCAGCGCGGCCAUUGGGGACGGCCCGGGGGGAGCGCUGGGGGCGGCGGCGGCCGCGGGCGCACGGGGGUGGGGGGUAGGGAGGGGAGGGGGGAAGUUCGGGUGAUGUUUACCACUGAGAAACGGAAUCACGCUCCAAAAAGGAAAAAAAAAAAAAAAAGAAAAAAAGAAGGAAAAAAAAAAAGAAAAAAAGAAUUAAAAAAAAAAGAUUUAGAAAAUAAAUUUUAAAAAAAUGAAAGAAAAAGGGAGGGGAGAAAAAAAAUAUAAUUCGCAGAGUCGGUUCUGCGGGGGGAAAUGGUUAAAAUAUUAGGUAUGAAGCUAUUAAAAAUAAUAAUGACAAGGGUCAACCACUUAUAUAAGGUUAUAUUUAUAUCUGCCGUUACAUUGUGCCGGAUCAUUGUCCUUGGCCGUUGAAUAAACUGUUUUUAAAAUGCA